AUGGGGGCCCUGCUCGGCGUGGCGCUGGGCGCCCUCCACUACCUGGCACUUUUCCUGCAACUCGGCGGCGCCACGCGGCCCGCCGGCCACGCGCCCUGGGACAACCACAUCUCCAGCCACGCCCUGUUCACAGAGACGCCCCACGACGUGACGGCGCGGACGGGCGAGGACGUGGAGAUGGCCUGCUCCUUCCGCGGCAGCGGCUCCCCCUCCUACUCGCUGGAGAUCCAGUGGUGGUACGUGCGGAGCCACAGGGACUGGACGGACAAGCAGGGAUGGGCCUCGAACCAGCUAAAAGCAUCUCAGCAGGAAGACGCAGGGAAGGACGCGACCAAAAUAAGUGUGGUCAAGGUGGUGGGCAGCAACAUCUCCCACAAGCUGCGCCUGUCGCGGGUGAAGCCCACGGACGAAGGCACCUACGAGUGCCGUGUCAUCGACUUCAGCGACGGCAAGGCCCGGCACCACAAGGUCAAGGCCUACCUGCGGGUGCAGCCGGGAGAGAACUCCGUCCUGCACCUGCCCGAGGCCCCGCCCGCAGCGCCCGCCCCGCCGCCCCCCAAGCCCGGCAAGGAGCUGCGGAAGCGCUCAGUGGAUGAGGAGGCCUGCAGCCUCUAG